GAAUCAUUUCCAGGUCACUUUCAACAUGGAGAGUGGAGCAGGGAAGCAUUGGACUGAGGAGGAGGUUAAAGCCUUGUUAAGCGUCUGGUCAGAAAAAAACAUCAGAAAGCAACUCCAAGGCACCCUGAGGAAUAAAGGAAUAUUUAUCUACAUUGCCAAAAGGUUGCAGGAGUUAGGAGUUUGCAGGGAUUGGAAACAGUGCCGUGCAAAGUAUAAAAACCUGAAGUAUGAAUACAGAACGGUUAAAUAUGCCCACAACUCUGGGGAUGUCACUAAAACCAUGAAGUUUUUCCAUGAUCUGGAUGCUAUAUUGCGAUAUGAACCUGUCACACAAUUAGCAGCAGAAGAAAACUGCAGGUGUUCCGCGACUGAGACACAGCCGAACACAAGCCCCACAACAGAACGCAAGCAAGGUGAAAUAUCAGUUUCUUUAGAAGAUGAUGAGGAUGCUCCAGGAGAUCCACUACUUUUUAUGUCUCAUGUCAGACCAGUCCAACUAGGUAACCCAACAUCAGCAGUAGAGGCUUCCAAAACACCGGCUUUUAUUCCAACAGUAGCAAAUGAAGGAGGAAAACACUGGACUGUUAAUGAAGUCAGAGCUUUGAUACGCAUAUGGUCAGACAAAAAUAUCCAACAACAACUGGAGGGGACAGUGAGAAAUAAAAGAAUAUUUGAACAGGUUGCCACUAGACUUCAAAAGUUUGGAAUUGACAGGGACUGGAAGCAGUGCAGGACAAAAUACAAAAAUCUGAAACACGAAUACAAGAGUAUAAAAAGUGCCCAAGACUCAGGGAGUACAAGUAAAAGUAUGAAAUUUUUUAAUGAACUGGAUGCUAUUCUGGGGCACAGCACCAUGGAACAAGCAAGUAAAUCAGACAAUGAUGAAAGCGAGAGGCCUCCAGAAUGGACAGAAGCAAAAUCAGAAAAGAACUCCGUAGAAAUGCCUGGAGACACAGGUGAAGAGGACUCUGUUAGUAAUAUGUCAGAAGACCUACGGGUUGCAGAUAUAAAGAAAGUUUCUGAUUCAGAUUAUCUUACUGUAAAUACUAUCCCAGAGAACCUGGUAACUCUGCAUAUAGUGAAAGAAAUGACUAUGACAGAAAUACUUGAAGAUGAGGGGGACUUUGCGAACUCUACCCUGUCAGCUUUGGAAGCUACACAAAUAAAGAAGGAGACAAUUGACAUAGUAGAUGAUGAUUCUAUAAGCACUACCUCAGAAGACAGAUCUUGUACACCAGUAGCAAAACGGAUAGUCGAGAUGGACAAUCAUAUUCCCUUGGAAGAAACACAAAAUCACUUCAAAGUUAUUACAGUUAAUGAUACUGGAGCCGGAAAACACUGGAGUGAUAAUGAAGUCAGAGCUCUGAUAAAUAUAUGGUCAGAUGAAAAGAUACAACAAAUGCUUGAAGGGGCCACAAGAAAUAAAGAAAUAUUUGAGGAAAUUGCCAGAAGGUUAAUGAAACAUGGUAUAGACAGAGACUGGAAACAGUGUCGCACAAAGUACAAGAAUCUAAAAUAUGAAUACCGUGCACUGCAGAAGGAAAACGAGCAUCUUGGUAAUCCCAGGAGAAAAAUGAGAUUUUACGACGAAGUUGACUGUAUCUUGAGAAGACAGCCUCUGGGUCCCUCAGGCUGGGGAUGUGAAAGUUCAAGUCUCUUAUCAGUGGGAGAUGCUACAGCAAACACAGGAUCCUUGGGAAUCAAGAGAAAAACAUGGAAUGAUGAGGUGUCACCUGUUCCACUUAAGAAAAGUGCUUCUGAAAACACCAUACUGCACUUCCAAAAACUCUUAACAGAGAGAGUACACACGGUAACAGAAGGCAAAAAGUUACUGUUAGAAAGGCUUUGUAAGCAAGAAGAAAUGCAAGACCUCAACAGAACACAGCUGUAUGCUGAUCCAUCAGCCAAGCAACAGUGUGACACCCCUCACAGAAGAAAGGCCAACAUGAGAAAGGCAGUUAGCACUGCAAAGAAGACAGCUCUGGAAGGUCGCUAUAAGCGAGUCUGCUUUACAUCACCAGGUAGAAACGAAGCUCUGUUAUGCCGCGGUGGUGACCCUAAGCAGCAGCCCGGGCUGGCAGCACCCCGAAAGCGCUUAGGAACCACUUCGUUUCGGCGGUCGCGAUUUGUGCCAAUUACACUUUAUCAUAAGCAUCCCGAGUCACGCCGAGCUCGACGAGCGGGGCGAGGAGCCGGUGCCGGAGGGGCGGGAGAUGCGCUCGAGGUCCGAAGUACAUCCGAGAGCCGCUCCUCGCGUCCGGCCGCCGAGAUCCCCUCCCAGCCCGCUCCUUCCCUCCGCCGCCAGCCGCGAACGGGCACCUCCCGGCCGCCCCCCCGCCCCGUGCCCGCUCCCGCUGCCGCAGCCAUGGCCCCCGCAGCAUCAGACCUGAAACUUGGUAAAAAAGUUAAUGAAGGUAAGACGAAAGAAGUGUACGAGCUGCCAGAUAUGCCGGGAUGUGUUCUCAUGCAGUCAAAAGACCAAAUAACAGCGGGAAAUGCGGCCAGGAAGGACCGAAUGGAAGGGAAGGCUGCCAUUUCCAAUACAACGACGAGCUGUGUGUUUCAGUUGCUUCAAGAAGCUGGAAUCAAAACAGCUUUUGUCAGGAAACAAAGUGACACAGCAUUCAUCGCAGCUCACUGUGAAAUGAUCCCAAUUGAAUGGGUGUGCAGAAGAAUUGCUACUGGCUCCUUCCUCAAAAGAAACCCUGGCGUCAAAGAAGGGUAUAAGUUUUACCCACCAAAGAUUGAGAUGUUUUACAAGGAUGAUGCUAAUAAUGAUCCACAGUGGUCUGAGGAGCAAAUAAUUGAAGCAAAAUUCUGUUUUGCUGGACUUACUAUUGGCCAGACUGAAGUGGACAUUAUGGCUCGUUCUACUCAAGCUAUCUUUGAGAUCCUGGAAAAAGCAUGGCAGCCCCAAAACUGUACUCUGGUGGACCUGAAGAUUGAAUUUGGUGUUAAUGUUCUGACAAAAGAAAUAGUUCUUGCUGAUGUUAUUGAUAAUGAUUCAUGGAGACUGUGGCCAUCAGGAGACAGAAGCCAGCAGAAGGACAAACAGUCCUACCGGGACCUGAAAGAAGUGACUCCUGAAGCAUUGCAAAUGGUUAAGAGAAACUUUGAAUGGGUUGCAGAAAGAGUGGAGUUGCUUCUGAAAACAAAGAGCCAAGGUAGAGUUGUGGUGUUGAUGGGAUCUCCUUCUGACCUCACUCAUUGUGAAAAAAUAAAAAAGGCAUGUGCAACCUUUGGAAUUCCUUGUGAGUUAAGAGUGACUUCUGCUCACAAAGGGCCAGAUGAGACCCUGAGGAUCAAAGCAGAAUAUGAAGGAGAUGGAAUCCCAACAGUGUUUGUUGCAGUAGCUGGCAGAAGCAAUGGUUUGGGGCCAGUAAUGUCUGGUAACACUGCAUACCCGGUUGUAAACUGUCCUCCGCUCUCAGCUGACUGGGGUACUCAGGAUGUGUGGUCUUCUCUCAGACUACCCAGCGGUCUUAGCUGUCCUACUACUCUGUCACCAGAAGGAGCUGCCCAGUUUGCUGCCCAGAUAUUUGGGUUAAACAACCAUUUGGUGUGGGCCAGACUGCGAUCAAACUUGUUAAACACCUGGAUCUCCUUGAAGCAGGCUGACAAAAAACUUCGAGAGUGCACCUUGUAAGUCAUACUAACAAGCAACUUACUACUUACACAAAGAUAAUGGUGUGCAUAGUCAUUCAUUAUAGAAUUUACGUUUUGAUAAGCUCGGAAGUCCUGCAUCCUUUCUUACAGAAGAAAGCACUGUUAGAGCAGCAGAUAGUCUGUGUCCUCAUCCUUCCCUUGUGUAUUUUUUUAAUCUAACAACUUCGUAAAUGAUGGGGAAGUAGUAUUUUAGGUAACUCUUCUGUUGCUCAAAAAUGGUGCUGUUCUAUUUAGUGUAUACUGUUAAGUACAGACUAUGUCAAGAGAAUGAUUUGGUGCGAUAUAAAUAGAAUUCAAUUAGUCUUCUGUAUUUCUGUAACAGUAACAUUCUUCCAUAGUAAUAAUGUAUGUCUUGAACCUUAUUAACUGAACUGGACUGCUGACUAAAGCCAACAGUGAUGCUAUUGUGCUUGCAAUGAUGAUAUGCUUUCUUUAGCAAUAAAAUGGCAACAUACACUAUAUUAAUAGGAAACAGGGCUGGAAAAAUCUUUUAAGAGCCUGAAAGAAAUACCUACCCCCUUUAAAUUAUAUAUAUAUACAUACAUGUAAUUUUUUAAAAUGUGUGUAUACAUACUCCCUUGAUAUCUUCUGGAAUUGUGUGAUAAAGUUGACACCACUUCCUUUGUUCUUAACAAACUAUAAAUACCAGUGCUUGGAGUGAACUGUAACAAGGCUUGUUGCCUGUUAACUCUUGCCUAGUCCAGUCUUAAAUACUAGGCAGAUAUCUACCUUCAAUAGUUCUAAAGAGCCUAUGUGAUAUUGUCAAACUGUCUUCAUACACAUCAAUAAUUUUAGCUAUUAUCUAUCUGUAUUUCCUCAUUGUUUCUAUGGAAACUUUACUGAUCUGAAUGGGGGAAUAAGUAGUAAAGCAACCAACUACUGGGGGGAAAUCUAAGCAUGACUGUCUUGUCUUUGCACACACCAAUCUUCUGAGUAGGUACAAGUCUAACAAAUGUGCAGGUACUCAACGUAUGUAACAUUUAUGCUUUUACAAUUAUAAAUAAACUCUUAAAUUCAAA